GGCCGAUCCGGCGUGGGGAGACCGACUGGGUAGGUGCUCCCCACGGAUACAAAAAGCCCCUGCAAUAGUGCCCGACGUCGCCAGUCAGUAGUUACGCACUUACUACCAACUAAAGCCAUGACCGCCCACGACACCGCCCAGCAGCAGCCGCACGCGGCCCCCCACUCGCUGGCCGCCGCCGCCGCCCUCAACGCCGGCAUCCAGCACGAAGCCAACCCUGUCCACCGUGAGCGCAGACGCUCCAGCUUGCGUGUAAACCUGAACCGCAUGGAUCCCACCAUCCCCAGUCCUGGCGAAGUCCAGCGCAGCCCUUCGCUGCACUCGCACCGCCCCUCAUGGUCCGCCAGCCCCCAGCACCAGCGCAAUCCCUCGCUGCCGCUGGCCCAGGAACUAGAAGAGGAGCAAGAGGCUCAAGUCAACCGCCUGCUCGGCCAGAUCCGCGCCCAGCAAGCCCAGAUCGCCACGUUGCAGUCUCAACACCCCUCCGGCAGCGCCAUUGACGACUCCACCACCCCCACGUCGGAGCGUUCCUUGUCCCUCUCAACCUCCGCUGCCGCUUCCCAGACCAACGUGAACUUGUCCAUUGCCCCUCCGCGCUCGCUCAGCCCGCGCCCCAUCCCUGGUCAGGCGCCCGCCAGCCUGUCGCGCAACAGCAGCUACAGGCAGUCGCGCACCAGCAGUCGCAAUGGCAGCCCGGCCUUGCGCCCCGUUUCCAGUCAGCGUAGUGAGAGCGGGGAUUGGUCCCUUGGAGGCGGAGUCAACAGAGACGAGAGCGCCUUCUACCAGGCUGAGACGCAGAUGUUAACGCGGGAGAACCAGAUGCUGAAGAUGCGCAUCCGUGAGCUAGAACGCCAGCUUCAUGGCCUCAACCCCACCAGUCCCAUCACGCAGGCCCCUGCUCUGAGCUCGAAUCUCUCAAGCCCUCCCAUUCGCCCGGCCGAGGAAGCCGCCAACCCAGCUGCUGAGGCCGGUGGCAGUGUCACCGCUGCGACGUCGGCAUCUUCUUGAGCGCACAACCGUCUCGAACCGUAGCUCAGGUAG